AUGAGUCCCUCCGAGCGGAUUGUCGACACUUAUGCGGGAGGCAAUGCGAGAUACACUCCGAGAGACAAUUUGCCAACUCUCAAUACAUUUACUCAUGAAGGGCGUCCUCAAUCUACAACUGCAACUCAAACGCGCCUCGAUACCAGCGCUGGCUGUUUCGAUAGAGAAAUAUCGCUCGGACAGACAGACAAUUCGAUGGAGGCAGAACAAAACGCACUUGGUGAAAUCGUUCCAUCUACAUAUAAUAUGAGCCCUGAAACCGAAUACACCGACCAAACAGAGUCCCAGGAGGCCAUCUUUUUAUGGUAUAGGCGUGCAGAUGGGAGCCCAUCUUGGAGAAUUUGUUACUACUGA